AUGCGUCUCCUACGAACCGCGACAGCCCGGCCACCGGGCACCGUGAAGCGGAUGGCGCAAGCCGUGGCGCUGCCGGCACCCGGCGACGCGUCCCUGGGGCUGCGGCUCGGCCGCUGGGUGCUGCGGGUGCUGCGGGAGUGCGUUUACCUCCUGCUGUGCAGCUGGUGCAUCCGGGAGCUGCUGGACCCAACUCACGGAACAACGGGGCACCGCGACCCUCGGGGUCGAUGGCGGGGGUCUCCGUGUGCCCAAAGCGCUCGGUGCCGGCCCCGCUGGGGCUGCGGGCUCCAUCCCUGCAGGGAAGCCCCGUCCGUGGCGCACGCCUGGCGCCGGCGCGGCCGCCCUUAUCUCGCCGGGAAGUCGGGAGCAGGAAGCGCGGCCCCGCGCGGGAUAAGGGUCCCGUUUACACGAUGGCUUUGUUAUGGCACGAGUUCCCACCCUCACGUUGUGCCCGCGGGGGGGGGGGGAGGUUGGUUGUUGAGAUGGCUUGGGGGGCAGCUGGGAGCCCUGAUUUGGAGGGUUCGGGUCACCCCUGCAGCCCGCGCAGCGUUAGGAGUGGGGGCUUUGUGGGACACCCCGCCGCCCCCCUUUCCCGUGGGGUUGGGUUAUGCGCCGUUACGCCGCGCUGCUCGCUCUCCUCGCUGCCCCCCAGCACGGGGUCACCGUGCCAACAUUUGCAACGCUGUGGGCAUCCCCUGCCCCACAACCCACGCAGCCGCCCCGCUGUCGCCGCGUCCUGACCCCAUCCGCGCCACAACCCGAGGUCCGGACACACGAAUCAAUGAAUUCCCCAAACGGGGAGGUCCGGGGGAGGGGAGAAUCCCGGCACAGGAAAAAGCUCUGAACUGGGCGAGCCGCGGGCAGAGCGGUCCGGGCCGCCCCACAGCGCGGCCCUACGCGCGACCCCAUCUCCUGGCACACAGCUCCGCCGCCCACCCUCUGCCCUUCUGCCCCAUGUUCCGUUCUCGCCGUGCCGCGCUGCUGAGGCGGCUGUGGCGGCAGCGCUGCCCGACCCCCGGCCCCGAGGAGGGACCCGGUGCCCUGAAACCCGCGGCGCACGCCCUGUUCAAGAAGCUGAAGGACGAGGAGCUGGAGCUGCUGCUGCAGGCGGUGGAGAGCCGCGGUGCCUGGGAGUCCGGCUGCGUCUGGGUGCCGCGGGGGGCCAAGCAGGCGCUGCCCCCCCAGGUGCUGCUGUGCCGCCUGUUCCGCUGGCCCGACCUGCGGCAGCCCCAUGAGCUCAAGCAUCUCUGCUACUGCCAGAGCGCGGGGGGCCGGGGGGGCUGCGGGGAUGCGGCCGCGCUCUGCUGCAACCCCCAUCACUUCAGCCGUCUGGCUGCGCCCGAGACCCCUCCACCCCCCUACUCGAAGUCCAUCAGCCCCUCCUGGCCAGCUGAACCCAAGUCCCCCCAGCUCCUGGACUUCAGCUGCAACCACGCGGAGCGGCGCGGUAAGGGCCGAAAACGCGGUACCCAACAAAAAACCAGGCGUAGGACUGGGAGCCGACGUGGGACGAGGGCUUCUACUGGGAGGAUCCACCCCCCCCUCAAACCCCCCCCCCCUUUUACCCCAGCACUCAGCUCUCCUGUUAUUUUUGGCUGCUCCGGACUCCCCGCCGGAGGAAGCGCUGCCCACGGGGCCGCACACAAUGUGCCUUGACGCACGCGGCGCGGCUCCAGCCUGGCUGCAAGCCAC